GCUCGACAUCGACGUAUUCACACCAACAAGUGCAUACUCUUUCUUAUACAACAAGAUGGCUCAGAUUCAUCCUUCCCGCAUGGGAUUCAUCCCGAACUCGAACUCGAACGGCAACAGCAACGGCCCAUCCCGGUCUGAACGAAGACCGUCGCCUUCCUAUCAACCCUAUCCUAACGACCGACCGCCUUUCCCGCCGACUCUUCCUCCCGCACCGGGCGGUGGAUAUGGAUAUGGGAACCAGAGGGGAGACUUGCCUCGGGAUGUACCCCCACAUCAACGACGGGAUGGGGGGUAUGAUGGGGGACGAGGAGGGUAUGCAGGAGGCGGGGGUGGUGGCUACGGCGGGGGAUCAGGCGGGGGUCGAUACUUUGAUCAACAAGGUCCACCAGCCAGAAAUGGUGGAGGUGGAUAUGGUGGCAGUGGUGGACCCCCUCCCCAGUUUCAGAGUCGGGCCGGUUUCGGCGGUCCGCUGAGUCAACAAGAGAUGGAAGCCCGUCGUCGGCAGAGAGACGAAUCUACCGUGACCGUCUGGCCCCGUUCACCUAAACGGUCUAUCGAGGAAGAAGAAGCCGAAGAACUCCGAGCGAAAGAAAAGAAAUCGUCUUCCUCCAAGCAUCGCAGCAAACGGCACAAAAAGUCUUCUUCGUCCAAGCACAAGUCUUCCCGUCGUUCUCGCCGUCGAAGCGUGUCGUCUUCUUCGUCUUCCAGCGAGAGCGAGGAUAGCGAGGAAGAAGAGAGACGGAGGAGAAGUCGGAGGGAAAAGAGGGAUCGGGACAGGGGUGAUAGUCGGUCCCGUGAGAGGGAAAGGGAGCGGACGAGGGAUAGAGACGGUGCGAGUGGGAGGGAUCGAUCGAGGAGCAAAUCGCUCAAAGUACGUGGUCAGGAAGAAGACGAGGACGAGUGGGAGGUCGCCGAGCCUGUCCGAGUCGAACCCGGUUCUUCGACUCGUGCGGCCAGCACUACGACUACGACUACAGCCGUGGUGACAGGUAGCUCCAAGGGGAAAGGCAAGGCCGCCGAGAUGGACAGUGAUGAUGAAGAGGUCGGCCCGCAGUUGGUUGUCGAGGAUGGUCAUGCGCCUGCCAGGAAGCACGACAGCAAAGCAUACGCCCACCUGCGACCAGGAGAAGGAGCGGCCAUGUCGCAAUUCGUCGAAUCCGGUCAACGUAUCCCACGACGAGGAGAGAUCGGCUUGUCCAGCGAACAGAUCGAGAACUUCGAAGCGAGUGGGUAUGUCAUGAGUGGAAGUCGACACCGAAGAAUGAACGCUGUGCGAAUGCGAAAGGAAAACCAAAUUAUCACGGCGGAAGAGAAGCGUGGAAUCCUCAAGUUGCAGGCCGAGGAGAAGAACAAGUACGAGGCGCUGGUCAGGGAAAACCUCAAGAGCCUGAUGGAAGAAAAGUUGGCUCAAAGCGCUGCUGGCGGGGUGAGAAAGGGAUAGAGACAUCGCCAGCGUUGUACAAAAACGGAAGCUUGUUUUCGCCUUCUUGUAUGCGAGCGAUCUCCGAGCUAUCGUACGGUUAUGAUCGCUUUUCGAUGUCAGCCAUGUAUUCUCUCACAACGAUUUACAAAUUCUGACCGAUGCCGCGCCAACCCGAUUCGACGUGUACGAUCGGUCAUACUACCACAAUACAUAGCCAAC